CUUGUAACCCGUCAGUAACCGCGAAGGGAACGGUGGCCGGGGCGCGGGCCCCCGGCGGGCAGGAGUCACCAUGCUGAGGAGCGCGUGCAGGGCGCUGAGUUCGAUCGGAGCCCAGGCAAUGGCCCAGGCCACAGUGUUUGGGCUGCGGGACGGAGUGAGCGCCCGGCUUCCCUCGGCCCGGUGCGGCCUGCAGUCUCCGAGUCUCUUGACAGCGGCCCGUGGAUACAGCAUCCAGAAACCAGUCCAGCCCAAGCAAGAUGAUGAUCCACCACUUUCCACACUGCUAAAAGACUACCGGAACAUCCCUGCAAUGGAGAAGGUUGAUGAUGUUGUGAAAAGAAUCCUGUCUUUGGAAAUGGCCAACAAGAAAGAGAAACUAAAAGCCAAGCAGGAACAGUUGAUGAACAAGAUUGUGGCAAACCCUGAGGACACCAAAUCCCUGGAGGCUCGAGUUGUUGCAUUGUCCGUCAAGAUCCGCAGUUACGAAGAACACAUGCAGAAGCAUCGGAAGGAUAAAGCCCAUAAACGCUUUCUGCUGAUGAGCAUCGAUCAGAGAAAAAAGAUGCUCAAGAACCUCCGCAUGACCAACUUUGAAGUCUUUGAGAAGACGUGCAGGGAGCUGGGCAUUGAAUACACCUUUCCCCCUCUGUACUACCGAAGGGCCCACCGCCGCUUCCUGACCAAGAAGGCCCUCUGCAUUCGGGUUUACCAGGAGGUGAAAAAGCUGAAGAAGCAAAAAAGGGACUUAAAAGCUGCAGCAGCCAGACAGAAACCAAAUGCCCAGGGGAACCUAGAGAGCCAGUCCAGAGCCCAGCCGGAUGUGCCCAAUGAAAGCCAAUAAAGUCUAUCCAAAUGA